AAGUGAACGAUUUGUCGUUGAAGCUACAGUAACUUAAUGGACAACGGUGAUAUCAAUCUUGAAGAAGGGGAGCUUGAUGUAGAUCUCAGCGAUGAGGAGGGAUGCAAGUUGAAAAAUGAAAAUGAUUUAGGAAAAGAAGAAAAGCUAGAUAAAGAAGCUGAAGUAAAAAAGCACAAGAAGAAAGAAAAAAAGGCUAAGAAAGAAAAAAAGCAUAAGAAGAAAAAGAAAAAACAUACGCAUGACAACAAGGAAAAAUGUUCUAUUAAUAAUGGUGAUGUUGUUCAACCGCCUGUGAAUGAAGCAAAAGUAGAAGAUCUUGGAAGUCCCAAAAAAGAAAUUGAGGACGUCCCAUAUGUUCCAAAACGCGUUCCUAUCUCUCUGGAGGAGCUGAUUUUAAAAAGGAAAGCGGAAGAGGCAGAAUUAAUCAAACCGAAAUUUAUAUCUAAGGAGGAGCGUAUUCAGCAAGCCAUCCAAAGAAGACAAGCUGAAGUUCAAGCUCAACGUGAAAAACAGAUGGAGGCCUUCAGAAAACAGACGGAAUAUCUUGAAGGGGCUAAAGAUCUGGAACGAAAGAGACGCUCAGAAGAUUUUCAAGAAAGAAUGAGGCAGCACAGAAACUUUAGAAAUACUGGCAAACGAGCAGCUCAAGAAGAAGGUCCAGGUGAUAAGGUAAACAUUUCACAGGAAGAACAAGCUAUCAAAGAGCGCUACUUGGGUCAAAAGCGUCUGACUAAGCGUCGACCGAGGCGACUUAAUGAGAGGAAAUUUGUAUUUGACUGGGAUGUCGCCGAUGAUACUAGCCAGGAUUACAACCCGCUUUACAAAGAAAAGCAUCAAAUCCAGUUUUUUGGCCGUGGACAUAUUGGUGGUAUUGAUAUUAAGCAACAAAAAAAAGAAAUUGGACGCUUUUACUCAAAGCUGUUAGAAAGCCGCCGUUCUGACACCCAGAAAGUUCAAGAAAAGAAACGUCUAAGUGGUGUGGCAAAGCGUGAAGCUAAGCAGAAAUGGGAUGACAGGCACUGGACAGAAAAGGCCCUUGAUCAGAUGACUGAACGCGACUGGCGAAUCUUUCGCGAAGAUUUUAAUAUAUCUACCAAGGGAGGUAACAUUCCAAACCCCCUCAGGUCUUGGGCGGAAAUGAAUGUUGCUGAUGAACUUAAGGAUGUAAUUAAAAAGGUUGGCUAUCCUGAACCAACACCAAUUCAACGCCAAGCAAUACCAAUUGGUCUGCAAAACCGUGAUAUUAUUGGUGUUGCAGAAACAGGUUCAGGGAAAACAGCAGCUUUCCUUAUACCCCUGUUGAAUUGGAUUCAGCGACUUCCAAAACUGGAGAGACUUGAGGACACAGAGCAAGGACCAUAUGCUAUUAUUAUGGCUCCUACUAGAGAGUUGGCACAGCAAAUUGAGGAAGAAACAGUAAAAUUCGGUCGACCACUGGGAAUCAAAACUGUUUCGUUAAUUGGUGGCCUCUCGCGUGAAGAUCAAGCAUUAAAGCUCCGAAUGGGCGCAGAAAUAGUUAUUGGUACUCCUGGUCGUUUAAAUGAUGUCCUAGAAAACCGGUAUAUGGUACUCAACCAAUGUACUUACAUCGUUUUGGAUGAAGCUGAUAAAAUGAUUGAUAUGGGUUUCGAACCUGAAGUCAACAAUAUUCUCACAUAUUUACCAGUUACAAAUGAAAAACCUGAUAAUGAAGAUGCUGAGGAUGAUUCGAAGCUAUUAAGCAAUUUUGCAACAAAACAUAAGUAUCGUCAGACUGUCAUGUUCACAGCCACCAUGCCUCCAGCAGUUGAACGUCUUGCUCGUUCCUAUUUAAGGCGACCUGCAAUGGUGUAUAUUGGAAGUGCUGGUAAACCCACAGAACGAGUGGAACAGAUUGUUUAUAUGGUUUCAGAACAAGAGAAGAGGAGAAAACUAUUGGAAAUACUUGCUGCAGGACUUGAUCCACCUGUAAUCAUUUUUGUCAAUCAGAAAAAAGGCGCAGAUGUACUUGCUAAAGGAUUAGAAAAACUUGGAUACAGUGCUGUUGUUCUACAUGGUGGCAAAGGACAGGAACAAAGAGAAUAUGCCUUGGCAAGUUUAAAGUCUGGUCAAAAGGAGAUCUUAGUUGCAACUGAUGUUGCCGGUCGUGGUAUUGAUAUCAAAGACGUGUCAAUGGUUAUAAACUAUGACAUGUCUAAAACUAUUGAUGGUAAGCUAAUAAUUCUUUCGCUAUUUACUUAGAUUAUUUAUUUGUUUAAACUUAGACAUUCAUACAAGGAAACAUCAAAUAUACAUGUGGCACACAAGUCAUCUGGUUUGUGUGAGGGCUGGUUUUCUCAAGGGGCUAUUCUUAGAGCCUUUGACCUAAAGGUCUAAUGUACAAGAUAGUGGGGCGACGUAAGGAAAUGCAGUCUCAUGGUAGUCGUUGAACAACAAUAGGUUCAUACGCUUUUUGUUUCCUCAGGGUCCUGGAGCGCACAUGCACCAUAUGUUUGAAAUCAGGGCUUUCGAACCCCCUAUAUGGGUCCCCCGUAUCCACCAUCCUUGUUAAAGCACCAGAAAUCCGCUUUUCGGCCUCUAACUUUUGUAGAAAUACCCCUUGGCUCGAGAAGGCAGUGAUUAGGACUUCCCUGGCAGCGGCCGUAUACGCGUGGUCAUGUGAGAGCAUUUUAAGAGGGAGAGCAGUCUCCCCACUCGCGGUCAUACCAGGGCAUUUGGGGGCAUUUACUUUGAUACAUUCUGCACUCGAUAUAAUAGUGGUAUUUAAAUUAAUUAGUUGUCUUAACUCUCAAUUGUAAAGUCAUAUAACUCUUCAAAGUCUGAGAUGCAUUUUAUCGUUGACAGAUCACUCUUCUGGUGUCAAGUCAUUGUUAGAAACUCUUCUGCAUACUGUAUCAAAGGGUGUUAUGGUACAAACAUAAGCUAAACAUUCUUUGCAGAUAUCACAUCUUCAGUGAUUUUGAAUGGUGGGCUUUAAUCUCAACACGACUGUCAUUCAGGGAUCCUUAUAAUCUGAGUGAAAUAACUGUGAUAUUUAUGAUGACACCAUAGCUUUGUCUUCUUAGAAAACCUUUGUGUUACAUGUCUCAAUGACCUGGUCAGUUUCGUCCCUCUUCUUUCUUGAAUUAUUGUUGAGAGUAUGUAUGACCUCAAAUUUACCUUCUCUGUAACUAAAUGUAGGGACUGUCCAAUACACUUAUAUGUGGCUUUUGGACACAUAUUUCUUGCUCAUUCAUGUAAAUAUAUCUAAGUCCCUAAUUGAAAUGUUUGUGCGAUUAUUUACAUGAACUCAGCAUAACUUUAUUUAAUGAUUAGUAAGUUUUACAUUGCGUGUUUCUCUGCUUAGAAUAUGUACAUCGUAUUGGGCGUACUGGACGCGCUGGUAAAUCUGGUAUUGCAAUCUCACUACUUACGAAAGAAGAUGCCCCUGUAUUUUAUGAUUUAAAACAAUUAUUAAUUCAAUCUCCUGUGUCAACGUGUCCUCACGAACUUGCCAAUCAUCCGGAUGCUCAAACAAAGCCAGGUAUACUAGCUGCGAAAAAACGACGCGCAGAAGAGACAGUUUACAUAACAUAAAGAAAUGGACUUGAUUUUCAUUGUCUGCAAUUUUUAUGCUGGUUUGUAAAUACAGAGUAUAUUUCAACAAGUAUUCAUUCCAUCCUAUCGUUUUUGUACGUUAGUCCCACUUUUUCAGUGUUUGUACAUAAAAGCAUAAAUUUUUGAUAAAAAGCU